CCCUCCCUUUUCUCUCGGGAAAGAAGACGCUAAAGUUUUCUAUCUCUCCUCCUCUAGCGAUCGCCAGCUUCUUAAAAAAUCUUCUGUCCGGUCACCCUCGCCCAUCUUCAUUUCCUCGUUGCCGACCCCCUGAGAUGGGGCCCGUGCAACGACCCCGCACGCUCGCAGUCUAUUUGCAGGACCUCCUCUAGAUGCAACUUUUAAUUGAACCAUGCUCCGUGCGGGAGAGCGCUUUAUCACAGUCAUUCUUUUUAUUUUUAAGCUUCUUGGUUUUCUGGCCACAAGUCAGGGCAGUAUUCCGCCGGACAGCUUGCAUUUUGCAGACGAAAAGCAAGAGAAGUUCAUUAAGACUUUGCAAAGUUAUGAAAUUGUUCAUCCCGUCAAAGUGGACAAAAGUGGAACUUUUCUCUCCCGGGACGUCAAUCACUAUAUCAAUCACGUUGAAAGGCGGGACCUCAGAAAGAAGGACGACCACGUAUAUUACCAAAUUGUUCACCGAGGGCGAAAAUUGUUUUUUAACUUGACCGUCAAUCGACCCUUUCUUUCUCCAGGCUACGUCCUGGAGAAAAGGUACGGGAACGUAAGUGGUGCCGUGAUUCAGGACCCUUCAGAGAACACGUGUCAUUUCAUAGGCAGAGUAGAGCAUCAAACUCUGGGGAGCGGCGUAGCUGCCGUCAGCACCUGCGAAGGACUGCAUGGUUUCUUCCGUUUACACAGUGAAGACUAUUUUAUUGAACCGAUACGUAGCCACCCACAAAAUAGAGAAAAGCAACAGCCACAUAUUAUUUACAAGAGGCAAGUUUCUCAACAUUCUCACAGAAAGCACCGUGACUUCCUCCCUGGGAUCGCAGGGACCUGUGGAAUAGAAGAUUCUUUCAAUAAUAUCCUGAAGCCAGAGAGACAAAGAGAGAGAUGGGAAGAGAUUCAUAGAAAAGGGCGCAGAAUCUCCCAGCGAUCAAUCAGCAAAGAACGAUGGGUUGAAACUUUAGUGGUUGCUGACACCAAAAUGAUAGAAUACCAUGGCAGUGAAAAUGUACAGUCAUACAUUUUCACGAUAAUAAAUAUGGUUGCAAGCUUGUUCCAUGAUCCUAGUAUUGGCAAUGCAAUCCACAUCGUAUUGGUGCGUCUCAUUUUAUUAGAGGAAGAAGAGAAAGAACUAAAAAUCAUUCAUCAUGCUGACCAUACACUUUCCAGUUUCUGCAAGUGGCAAAAGAACAUAAAUCCUAAAAGUGACUCCAGUCCAAAUCAUCACGAUGUGGCCGUGUUGUUGACUAGGAAGGAUCUCUGUGCUGGGAUGAAUCGUCCUUGUGAGACAUUAGGGCUAUCUCAUGUCUCAGGAAUGUGCCAACCACAUCGAAGCUGCAAUGUUAAUGAGGAUUCUGGCUUGCCAGUAGCAUUCACCAUUGCACAUGAGAUUGGCCACAGUUUUGGCAUCCAGCAUGAUGGACAGGGUAAUGACUGUGAACCCAUGGAGAAGCAUCAUUUCAUCAUGUCUCGACAAUUGCAAUAUGAUCAGUCUCCUCUUGUUUGGUCACACUGCAGCAAAGAUUACAUCACACGGUUCCUGGAUCGAGGCUGGGGUUUCUGUCUCAAUGAUCCACCAACUAAACAGGAAUUAGUGGUUCCCACCAUUGCUCCAGGGGUGUUGUAUGACGUCGAUCAUCAAUGUCAACUCCAGUACGGACCCAACUCUACCUUCUGUGAGGAAAUGGAUAACAUUUGUCAAACACUCUGGUGCUCACUGAAUGGCUCUUGUCGAUCUAAACUGGAUGCUGCAGCAGACGGGACCAACUGUGGAAAGAAGAAGUGGUGUUUUAACGGUGAGUGUGUGCCUGUUGGAAACCGCCCAGAGGCUGUUGAUGGAGGAUGGAGCACCUGGGGCUCUUGGUCACAUUGCACACGCACAUGUGGAGCAGGAGUUCAAGCAGCGGAGAGACAUUGCAGCAAUCCUGUUCCAAAGUUUGGCGGAAAGUACUGUACUGGAAAACGCAAACGAUACCGUAUCUGUAACGUCACGCCAUGUCUACAGGAGACACCUACAUUCCGUCAGAUGCAGUGCAGCGAGUUUGACACAGUUCUUUACAGAAAUGAACUCUACACCUGGAUUCCGGUCCAUCACGCUGCUAAUCCCUGUGAACUGCAUUGCCGACCCACUGAUGGACAGUUCUCAGAGAAAAUGCUCGAUGCAGUGAUUGAUGGGACAUCGUGCACUGAAGCUGCAAACAACAGGGAUAUCUGCAUCAAUGGCAUAUGUAAGACUGUCGGGUGUGACUAUGAAAUAGAAUCCAAUGCAGUUGAAGAUCAAUGUGGGGUGUGCCAUGGGAAUGGCUCUUUCUGUCAGACAGUAAAGAAGACCUUUGAAGAGAGUGAAGGAUUAGGUUAUGUAGACGUGGGUCUGAUUCCUGAAGGAGCACGAGAUAUUCGGGUGGAAGAGAUAGCUGAAGCAGGGAAUUUCUUAGCCUUGAGAAGUCAAGAUCCAGAGAAGUAUUUCCUCAACGGAGGGUUUAUUAUUCAGUGGAAUGGAGACUACAAUGCAGCAGGAACAACAUUUAAAUAUGAAAGAAAUGGUAAUCUGGAAAACCUAACAGCUCCAGGACCUACAAAAGAACCUGUUUGGAUUCAGCUACUCUUCCAAGAAACAAACCCUGGAGUCCGAUAUGAGUACACUAUCAAGAAAGAUACAGAGGAAGAGAACACAAUUAGACAGCCGGAGUUCUUCUGGAAAUACGGAGCUUGGACAGAAUGUAGCGCCCCAUGCGGACAAGGAGUACAGCGCCAAAUUGUUCGAUGUGUGGAAAAGACACCCAGAGUUGUGGAAGACAGGUUCUGCAAUGCAAGGACUCGCCCUGAUGACAGACGACGAAAAUGCAAUGAAAUGGAUUGCCCUGCCAGGUGGUGGACUGGUGAAUGGCAGGAAUGCUCAACAACAUGUGGAAACACUGGUAUCAAGAAACGCACAGUUCUCUGUAUUCGCACUGUGGGGACAGAUGAGCAGGCACUUCCCAAUUCAGAAUGCAAACAACUUCUAAAGUCAAGGACUGAAAUGCCAUGCAGCAGGGAUAUCCCUUGCCCUUCAAACUGGACUGUGGGCAAUUGGAGUGAAUGUUCCGUUACAUGUGGAGGUGGAUUCCGCACAAGGACGGUAACAUGCAGCUUGAAUAAUAAGGAGCUCUGCAAUAUGUCCAAAAGACCAAAUACUAAAGGCUUGUGUGGCUUAAGGAGCUGUCCCGUCAAGAAGAAAAAUCUGCCUUCUCCAUGGAAGCCCAAAGGGGGCAAGAUUUUUAACAAAGUCUUUCCUAAUAAGUUGUGGCCUAAAUUUAUUCCGAAUCACUCAGAUGCAAAAGUUCAACCUAACUACAAAGAAAUGCUUAUCACUACUGAACAAUCACUUCUCACCAACACCACUGUGCAGCCACCUGUUGACACAAACUCUGCAACCUCCAUGUCUAUCACUACAAAAAAACAAAUGUAUCUGGAAAAUAAGCCUCGCCCCAAUGGGGAAAACAGCACUGUGUUGUAUAAUGAACAUUAUAAUAACUUUAAUCCUAGCCAUCAGAACCUAACCAAGAAGGGUAAUACUAUCGACGGAAAGAGCGUUCCGGAACCUGGAUACAUCACACAUACAAUUCAAACUGUGAAUGGUACACAAAAUACUACUGAUGAAAAUGUCUCUGAAGAUAACCAAGUAACCACAGAAGAGAUUGAUAACCUUCUCUCAUUUACAGAAGAACCUGAGGUUACUCUUAUAACAGAUGAAUUUGAUGAUACAAUUGCAAAAACAACGAUCCCUGUCAAUGGUAACAAAUCAACAUUGUUUAGUAGUACACAGAAAACGCUUGUGACUACCAUAAAGCCUAGUGGGACACAAGUAGUCAAGCCAAAUGUAACAGCACCUUCUCCAGGUUUUGAUCAUAGAAAGACAAGUUUUUCAAACUUUAAAGUAGAUCCACAAGUCAUAGCAACUAUUGACCGACUUAAACUGAAACUACUAAAGAUGCUGAAUCCCAAUCACUUUUCCAAUGCUACUGAUAACCCAGGCCUAGGUAUGGGUUUUAAUGCUGAAGACAAGCUGCAGGACAACUUUGAGCUUACAACUUCUAAUAUUUAUUCAAUUAAGUGA